UUUACAGCUCGAUGCUUGGGUUAGUUUGUGUUGACGCUAUUGACGUCAUUGGUAAGAUUUCCAAUUCGUCAUGUUCAUCAGCUUGGUGUUAAUGUGUUAGUGCGUAGCAGUAAUACGCAGUAAUAUUCCUCAAAAAUUUUUCUUCAAACAACUAUUUUAAAUAUUGUAUACACAAAGUAUUAAUAAAUAAAUAGGUCAAGUUAAAUAACUACAGAAAAGAUAUAAAAAUGACGGCUGCUAAGUUUAAUUCGGCCAAAUCCGAAGCAGAAUCACCACUACUGAGGAAUCGUAAAUAUGGGACUCAAAUAUUCGGUUACAUAAACUCCAUAAAAAUAUUUCGAAACAGGCCCUCACUGAAUAGUUGGAUAAUAAGUUUCAUACAUUUAAUGAUAAUUCUGGUCCUCUUAAUUCUUCUCACCCCACCUUUGUUAGUUUUGAUCCCGAUACUAUCAACGAUAUUCAUGUUCACCAUUGUCGCGACCAAAGGAACACUUUUGUCAAUGACUAACGAGCUAAGUGACUAUUACAUGCACGCUUGUGUCCUUGAAGAGGACAAUCGCGGAAGACGAACUGGCAGAGUAGAUAUCUUUCUGACAAAAAAGAGCAGAAUAAUGUGGAUAUGGUGUUUAAUUAUUGCAUACACCCUUCCCGAAUUAAUAAAUUCAUUCGUAUGCUCCAGAAGAGCCAAAAACAAGCCUUCGGCCAGACAAUUUUUGUCAGUAAUUAUCCCAGAAACUUUCCAUACUAUUGGAAUUGCGUUAAUGAUCUUCGAAAUCUUGCCACAAAUAUCUUCGGCACAAGAAACUUUGCCAGAACAAGAUUUCAGUCGCUUCCUUUUGUUUAUAAUUUGGUGCGUGAUCGAGUGGGGAUUGCACAAUCUGAUAUCAACGAUUUUCGAAAUUAAAGAUGUCAAACUGAAAAGCUUGCUGAUCGUGACCGACAUUGUGAUUUUGGGAAUUUUCUUGUGUUUCACGAUGUUCAAUCCGUUUGAUGGAAUCAAUCUUAAUGAUAGCGAUUGCUGGAUUGUCAUCUUGGCGAUGGCUUUUACUCAUGGUGGACUUUGGCAAGAUGUCUCAAAUUCUACAUUCAGUUUUACUAGUAAUCUCUCCCCUAUUGUGAAAGCUCGUGAAAAAUUGAAACCCGUGAAAGAUUCAAUUUUCGCAUGGGUAUCACUUUGGAAAAUAAUUGUUUUCAUUGCAAGUUCAUUUACAAUACUCGCAAGACAGCGUUAUAGCAUAACAGAACUUUUCACAAUGGCUGGACCUGCAUUCAGGGAUUAUAAUAUAACUUUAAAGCCUUCUUCUCGUGAUAUGGAUUCAAUUACCAUUGUCACAGGUUUACGUCUUCCAAUUUUGAUCGUGUCAUUCCAAGUAAUUUUAUCUGUUAUCGUAAAUAUGAAACCGAACAGUAUAAUUUUGCGUUUCUUCCACGGAUUCGAUUUUCGAUCUCGCUGGGGAUUAAAUAUUCCUGUUUUCUUCACCAUCGCAUACUUACUCUGGUCUGAAUUUAUCCGCAGUCUCCAAUGCAAUUUACUUUACAAUCAGGACAUGUUCGAGCACUUUAUGUAUUUCUUACAAGACUUCAGAACAUCUAAGGAAUUCAUAAAAAUUUUUUCCCUCGAUCCUUGUGAAAACAGAGACACUCUUUUGCUAAAAAUUUCCAUCUGCUGGAUUGUAUUGCACUUCCUUUUCCGAUCAAGAAUAAACGCUGUUCUGAAAACCGAAAAAGAACUUGAAAAACCUAAAACUAAAACUCCGCAAGAAGUUACAGUGGUUUCAAAAGACGAAACUGUUGAAGAAGAAAAAAAAUUUGAAUGCUGAUCAAGAAGAAUUUUCUUUAAUAAAUACAUAACCUCACUCAGAGAUUCAAUUACCUCAUUAAAUAUAAGUAGAAGCCGUCAAUUUUUUAUUUUUUAUAAAAUAUUUUACAAUGUCAAUUAUACAAGUGUAUUUAAAUAUUGUAUGAAUAAAAAAUAAAAAUUAUAUUAAUUUUUUCAGAGUAU